AUGUUCAACGGAUUGAAGAGAACCACUAUGUUCACCUCCAACAUUGCCCUUGGCAAUCAGUUCAGAAGCGGAGUGACCUACUCUGCCCUCAACUUCAAUGGUUACCAGACCAGAGAUUUCACCAAGAUCAAGGUUAAGGGACCAGUCGUUGAGAUGGACGGUGAUGAGAUGACCCGUAUCAUUUGGGAGAUGAUUAAGUCAAAGUUGGUCUUCCCAUACUUGGACUUCAAGCCAUUGUACUUUGAUCUUGGACUUCCACAUCGUGAUGCCACCAAUGAUCAAGUGACAAUCGAUGCUGCCUUGGCCAUCAAGGACGCCAAGGUCGGUAUCAAGUGUGCCACCAUCACCCCCGAUGAGGCUCGUGUUAAGGAGUUCAAGUUGAAGGAGAUGUGGAAGUCACCAAACGGUACAAUCCGUAACAUUCUCGGAGGUACUGUGUUCAGAGAGCCAAUCGUCUGCAAGAACAUCCCAAGAUUGGUGCCACGUUGGACCAAGCCAAUCGUCAUUGGCAGACAUGCACACGGUGAUCAGUACAAGGCCACCGACUUUUUGGUCGAGGGACCAGCCAAGUUGGAGAUGAUCGUCACACCAAAGAACGGCAAGCCAAUCUCCCGCCAGGUCUUUGACUUCAAGGGCAACGGCAUUGCCAUGGGCAUGUACAACACUGACGAGUCCAUCACUGAGUUUGCCCACUCGUGCUUUGGCUACGCUCUCGACAGGAAGUUCCCCCUGUACCUGUCCACCAAGAACACCAUCCUGAAGAAGUACGAUGGUCGCUUCAAGGACAUCUUUGAGGAGAUCUACCAGGCCAAGUACAGAAAGCAGUUCGAGGCCGCCGGUCUGUGGUACGAGCACCGUCUGAUCGACGACAUGGUGGCCUACGCCAUCAAGUCCAACGGAGGCUACGUCUGGGCAUGCAAGAACUACGACGGUGACGUCCAGUCCGACGUUGUGGCUCAGGGCUACGGCUCGCUCGGUCUGAUGACCUCUGUGCUCUCUGCACCAAACGACAACAUCGUCGAGGCUGAGGCUGCCCACGGCACCGUCACCAGACAUUACCGUCAGCACCAGCAGGGCAAGGAGACCAGCACCAACUCAGUGGCCAGCAUCUUUGCCUGGAGCAGAGGUCUCGCUCAUCGUGCCAAGAUCGACAACAAUGCCGAGUUGCUCAACUUUACCAACAAGCUGGAGCAGGCUUGUGUCCAAACCAUCGAGAAGGGCUUCAUGACCAAGGACCUUGCUCUGUGCGUCUACGAGGAGAAGGAUCUCAAGCGUGAGCACUACCUCAACACCGCUGACUUUAUCGACAAGGUUGCUGAGACCUUGAGAAAGAGCCUCUAA